AUGAAGUUUAAUGCAGGGAAGUGUGAAGUGAUUCCGGCAGUGCGCCGACUCAAAGAUCACAAGGGCACCGAAAAAUCACCAUCGAUUGACGCCUCAAGGGCCUUAAGUGGCCCAUUAAUUAAUGGCAAGCACACAUCAGAGAGCAUCGUGCACCUGCCCAACGAAAUAUCGCAAUGGCGCGUGGUGACGCCGGGACAUUCACCUGGCGUCACCGUGCGUCAAUUUACACGCCGGCGUGUGGGGUCCACACCUGCAUGCCAACAGGAAAAUUCUGGCCCCAGUAUAGCUCCCCAACAGGAUGAGAUCGAUUUGACAUGCUACUUCAUCUUACUUUUUCUUCACCCUGAGCAGGAUCCAAAUCCCGGCCCCCAGGAGCUGCAGGUCAGCCAGAGGCCAGCAGCUCUGCAGUACCGGCAGUGCCACGAUGAGCGGCGGCCACUGCUGAUAUCCUUUCACGAGAUGUUGGCCCAGUGGUUAUUGCCCAUUCCAGUUGUCCUAGAGAAGUUGGUGGUGGUUAGUCACCAUCUUGAAUACGUUGGAGUGUCUUGCUCGGCCAUUCCAGAGAGCAGGUCAGACGGCCAAUCAAAUGGCCGGCAUCUGUCUGGUCCCAGCAGUGCCACUGGAUGCGGUGGCCAUUCCUGGGACUGCAGCCAGUCCCAAAGAAGGCAUUCAAUGAUGGAGCCGGACUUUAAGUGUUUUGCAAAGCCACAUCCAUCUGUCUCUGCACAUUCGAGGUGCCCUGUUAUAUGUGGAAGAACCUGCAACAUUUCCAAGAUGUGUAGUGGCUUAAAAGGCUCCAGAAAGAGGCGAGAGCUCAGCACAUUUGAAAUCAUUCUUGUUAGCAAUUUCCUCCUUCUGCUGACAGUGUGUGCCGGGUUAAUAGCCUUCGGAUGGGUUGUGAUCCGUCAGCCCCAUACUGUAGAUAAACACAACAUGACCAACCAGUCUUCCCAAGUCUCAAGGGGCUCCUUUAAGAUCACCCAAGGAGCCUCGUACACAGCCCUGCUACAAAACAAAUCUUCGCUGCAAUUCAAGGCACUUGCCUUUGAUGUCGAGAACCUGAUUCAGGGAAUGUUCAUGCAGGGUGAACUCCGUGACGAAUACAGAGAUUGUCGCAUUCUACAGUUCGAAAAUGGGAGUGUGGUUGUAUUGUUCGACCUCCACUUCUCCACCACUGUUUCAAACAUCAGGGUGAAGGCUGAAAUGGUGACUGCCAUCAAAAUUAACCAGGGGUCAUUUCUGGGAAACUUCCGAGUCGACAUGAACAGCAUUCAGAUCACAGCCCCAGGGGAAUGGACAACACAGCAGACAUCGAGUGAACUAACACCAACAACAGGACAUUGCCGCCCAGAAAACAGGAUGUGUGCUGAUGGUCUAACCUGUAUUGAUCAAGUCUUAUUCUGCAAUGGAGCAGUUGAUUGCCCUGACAGUUCAGAUGAAAAUGAACAAUAUUGUGCUACACCCUGUGAUGGAAAGUUUCUGCUUACUGGCUCUGUUGGUUCAUUCCAUUCGAUGAAUUUCCCCAACCCAUAUGACACCAACACUUUCUGCCGAUGGAUUAUAAGAGUUGAACCAGCCCUUUACAUAAAAGUGACUUUCACUGAUUUCCAAACUGAGGAACGGAUUGACUACCUUAAACUGUACCAAGGAACGGGAUCCAGUAAAGAAUUAAUUGCUUCACUCUCAGGUUCCGAUCCCGAAUCUGUAAGGAUCUUUUCCAACCAAGCUACAGCAGAAUUCCAUUCAGAUAAAUUCCCAUCUUCCGACUUUGGUUUCAAUGCAACCUUCACAGUGUUUGACAUCAGUGUUGUCCACAACGAGGAGAAAAUAAACUGCAGCUUCCAAGAGGGGUUUUGCUAUUGGCAGCGAGAUCCAUUGGAUGAGGGCGAUUGGGAGAGAAUCAGCGGACCUUCUUACCCACCCUUUACUGGCCCGAAUGAUGAUCAUACAUACGGAAACCAAUCAGGAUAUUAUAUUAUGACUCCACAGCGACCAGACUAUAAGUUCAGAAAGAUCCGUCUCCUCAGCCCUGUGUUAUCCAUCGAGCCUGAGCCUUCGUGUCUCAGUUUCUGGUACCACAUGUAUGGAGUCGACGUUUCACACUUUCGUGUGUACAUCACCAGCGACAAAAACGGGUCUCAGGCAUCUUUCCAGAAGGAGGGAAAUUACGGGAAUCAGUGGAACUACGGGCAGCUGACAAUCAAUGAAACAGUGGAAGUCAGGGUUGUCUUUGAAGCUAUUAAGAGUACUGGCAGGUUCUCUGACAUUGCAUUGGAUGACAUAUCUCUGACAAAUGGCACCUGCAAAGAGAGUGAAUACCCAGAGCCAACAGCAGAACCAAAACCCACAACCCCACCACCAGGGCCCACUGACUGUGGAGGCCCAUUGGAGCUAAGGGAGCCAAACACAACCUUCAGUUCAAUGAAUUACCCCAGAAACUACGUUAAUCAUGCAUUUUGUACAUGGUUUUUAAUCGCAGACAAGGGUAAAAAUAUUCAACUCCAUUUUGAAGACUUCGACUUAGAAGAUAUUUACGAUGUGUUAGAGGUCAGAGACGGGAGAGGAAAAGAUUCAUUACUGAUGGUUGUGUAUACAGGUCACCGUCCCUUGAAUGACCUCUUCUCCACCAAAAGUGAAAUGACAGUGCUUUUCACUUCAGACAAGUCAGAAACCAGAAAGGGGUUCCUGGCGAAUUUCACAACUGGAUUUCACUUAGGCCUGCCAGAAGUUCAGCAUGUGAAGCUGUUAUCCUCCGUCAUUCUGGGAUAUAACCCAAGGAAGUCUCGGUUUCAAUCUCUGGUCCACUCUGCAUUAUCCAAUCUCAGGCAUGACAUCAGUUGGGGAUGGAUUCACGACAUGUUUCAGAAGCCCGAUGAGGAAGAACCAUCCAGGGUUCCUGUUCCUCCUUGUGCCCCCACAGAGCAUCGGUGUGAAAAUGGUCAAUGCAUCUCUGUGGACAAGUUAUGCAAUGGUCAUCAAGACUGUGAAGAUGGGUCUGAUGAAAAACAUUGUGUACGCCUGUUGAAUGGAUCCCAUAGCAGUGAUGGGUUGGUGCAAUUCAAGAUGAAGUCUAAGUGGUGCUCAGCAUGUGCAGACAAUUGGUCAGAGAAGAUAUCAACCUUGCUAUGUGCAGAGUUGGGCUUUAGGAGCCUCAAUGAAACAUCAACAACUCCUGCUGAUGGCAACGAACCCUUUGUAAAAGUGGAUAAGGAUCCAAAUGAAGGCUCAGCACUUAUAUCAAGUGAGACAUGUUCUAGCAACACUGUUGUGUACCUGAAGUGCAACAAGAAAUCUUGUGGGAAGAGUUUGGUCGCACCGAAUAAUGCUGCAAAGAUUGUAGGUGGUCAGGAUGCAAUUGAAGGCAGUUGGCCCUGGAUCGUGUCUCUUCAUUUUGGCCAUCGUCAUGUGUGUGGAGCCACACUAGUAAGUGAAGAGUGGAUUGUUUCAGCAGCUCACUGUGUUUAUGGGAGAAACCUUGAUCCCACACUCUGGAAGGCAGUGUUGGGCCUAUACACACAGCUGAAUCUAACCUACCCACAGACACAGACUCAACUGAUCGAUCGCAUCUUGAUGAAUCCCCAUUACAACAAGCGGACCAAGGAUAGUGACAUUGCCUUGAUGCACCUGGUGUCUCCAGUGAAUUACACGGAGUUUGUCCAACCCGUGUGCCUCCCAGACAGGAACCAACAACUCUCAGUGGGAAUGAUGUGCUACAUUGCCGGUUGGGGUAAAGUGCUCCAAAGUGGGCCACCAGCAAGUGUCCUGCAGGAGGCUGAGAUCCCUCUUGUGUCCAAUCGAAAGUGUCAGGAGCAGUUGCCGCAGUAUAACAUUACAGGAAACAUGAUGUGCGCAGGUUAUGAAGAAGGAGGUGUGGACACAUGCCAGGGAGAUUCUGGAGGCCCACUCAUCUGUAAACAAGAUAGUCUGUGGUUUCUGGCCGGCGUCACCUCAUUUGGACAUGGAUGUGGGCUGCCUCACAGUGCGGGGGUUUAUACACGAGUUACGGAAUUUGUGGAUUGGAUACAAGAGAUUCUUAUUUAUGGCACUCAUUGA